CCCGCAGCCGGGAGCGCGGCCGGAGCGAGGCGCGGGCUGUGGGGCCGCCGCGAACCCGGCCCCGCUUGCCCGUGCCCGCCCGCCAUGCCCGGCUUUGACUACAAGUUCUUGGAGAAGCCCAAGCGUCGGCUGCUGUGCCCGCUGUGCGGGAAGCCCAUGCGCGAGCCCGUGCAGGUUUCUACCUGCGGCCACCGCUUCUGCGACACCUGCCUGCAGGAGUUCCUCAGUGAAGGAGUCUUCAAGUGCCCUGAGGAUCAACUUCCUCUGGACUAUGCCAAGAUCUACCCAGACCCAGAGCUGGAGGUACAGGUACUGGGCCUGCCUAUCCGCUGCAUCCACAGUGAGGAGGGCUGCCGCUGGAGUGGGCCACUUCGCCACCUACAGGGCCACCUGAAUACCUGCAGCUUCAACGUUGUCCCCUGCCCCAACCGCUGCCCCGCCAAGCUGAGCCGCCGGGAUCUGCCCGCGCACCUGCAGCACGACUGCCCCAAGCGGCGACUCAAGUGCGAGUUCUGUGGCUGUGACUUCAGCGGGGAGGCCUUUGAGAGCCAUGAAGGUGUGUGCCCGCAAGAGAGUGUGUACUGUGAGAACAAGUGUGGUGCCCGCAUGAUGCGGCGGCUCCUGGCCCAGCAUGCCACCUCUGAGUGCCCCAAGCGCACCCAGCCUUGCACUUACUGCACCAAGGAGUUUGUCUUUGACACCAUCCAGAGCCACCAGUACCAGUGCCCGAGGCUGCCUGUGCCAUGCCCCAACCAGUGUGGCGUGGGCACCAUGGCUCGGGAGGAUCUGCCGGGCCACCUCAAGGACAGCUGUAGCACUGCCCUGGUGCUGUGCCCAUUCAAAGACUCCGGCUGCAAGCACAGGUGCCCUAAGCUGGCAAUGGCACGGCACGUGGAGGAGAGUGUGAAGCCACAUCUGGCCAUGAUGUGUGCCCUGGUGAGCCGGCAACGGCAAGAGCUGCAGGAGCUGCGACGAGAGCUGGAGGAGCUGUCCGUGGGCAGUGAUGGCGUGCUCAUCUGGAAGAUUGGCAGUUACGGGCGACGGCUACAGGAGGCCAAAGCCAAGCCCAACCUCGAGUGCUUCAGCCCCGCCUUCUACACGCAUAAGUAUGGCUACAAGCUGCAGGUGUCUGCAUUCCUCAAUGGCAAUGGCAGUGGUGAGGGCACACAUCUCUCGCUCUACAUUCGCGUGCUGCCAGGUGCCUUUGACAAUCUCCUUGAGUGGCCCUUUGCCCGCCGCGUCACCUUCUCCCUGCUGGAUCAGAGCGACCCUGGGCUGGCUAAGCCACAGCAUGUCACUGAGACCUUUCACCCUGACCCAAACUGGAAGAAUUUCCAAAAACCAGGCACUUGGCGGGGCUCCCUGGAUGAGAGUUCUCUGGGGUUUGGUUACCCCAAGUUCAUCUCCCACCAGGAUAUCCGCAAGCGAAACUAUGUGCGGGAUGAUGCAGUCUUCAUCCGUGCCUCUGUUGAAUUGCCCCGAAAGAUCCUCAGCUGAGAGCAGACCCAGCUAUAGGAAAAAGGGGGGUGGGAAAUGACUUCCAUCAGGCAGGCUGAGCCUGGAGAGGGGGCCGGACCCCCUUACAGCUGCUUCUGCUGCCUAGGUUCUGCUACCCUGUUCCCCCUCCUUCCUUCCCUACCGCCCUCAGGUGCCUCCUUUUGGUGCUUCAGCCCUGGCCUCUGGGAAGAGCAGGUCUUGGGGUCAACAAGGGCUUGGAAACAAGCGAUCCCGGGGCCUGUUGCCUGGGAUCAGGGCAGACAUGCCUUGGUGCUGGCCACACUCUUCCAGGGACUGAGGUGCCUGCUGGUGCUGUGUCCCAAGAGCCAUAGGGGGGAGGGGGAGUUGGGAAACUGAGGGGUAGUUAAAGAAUCUGUCUUGAGAUCUGAUGUCUCCUUUCCCCAGCUGUGUCCCCUCUGGUUAUUUAUUUACUUAGUGCCAGAAGGGCACAGCAGGGGAGCCCUGAUUUUUAAUAAAUCCUGACUUGUAUUUAUUAA